AUGUCCGGCCUUCCUCAUGAUGGAGCUGGCUAUGAUGUGCAGCCACUGGAAAAUGGCACCGGCGGGUGGCUUGCUCAUCGAGGUCAAAAGGAGCUACCAGGAAGCGGACCUGGGCAUGACUGGGUCUCGGAGGUUUUCGCAGAUGCCGAGGACAAGCAUGGCACCAACUUGCAGGAGGCUGCCAACUUCGAAGCUCCAAGUGCUCAGAUGAAACAUCCUCCACGCAUUUUGGUUCUCUACGGCUCCUUGAGGCCAAGCAGCUUUUCCCGCAAGUUGGCCUAUGAAUGUGCUCGCUUGCUGGAAGUCUUGGGCGCCGAUGUGCGAACCUUUUCGCCCCAUGGACUUCCGGUACGUGAUCCUGCGUUGGAAGAGCAUCCCAAGGUCCAGGAGCUUCGAGCCUUGUCCAUGUGGUCGGAAGGCCAUGUGUGGGUCAGCCCAGAGAUGCAUGGCUGUGUGACCGCAGCCUUCAAGAACCAGAUUGAUUGGCUUCCCUUGAACACUGGCUCGGUCAGGCCUACCCAGGGUCGCACCUGUGUAGUGCUUCAAGUGAACGGAGGCAGUCAAAGUUUCAAUGUGGUUAAUGAGUUGCGGCGCUUGGCGCGCUGGAUGCGCAUGCCUUGCUGCACCAACCAGUCCUCAGUACCAAAGGCCUGGCAGGAGUUUGAUGAGGAGGGAAGGAUGAAGGAGUCCGAUUUCCGAGAUCGCGUCGUGGACGUCAUGGAGGAGUACUUCAAAUUCACCCUCAUCAUGCGUGAACACGCAGACUUUUUGAACAGUCGCUUCUCCGAGCGGAAGGAGGUCGCCUUGAAGGGCCGCCUGCUGACCCAGGCUGAGAAGGAGGCGGCCAAGAAAGCAUGA